GAAUUGCUUGUGAGGGUUUUUAUUUUCUUUGCCAACGAUACCCAGAACUCUAAAGUUCCAGAUAAGAAGAGCAAGAAGGAAUAGUAGAACUCAUCAUACAGGAUGAAGUUCUUUACAAAGCUGUUGGUGCUGAGUUUGGCAGCAGAAGUUACGGUAGCCAGUAGCUGGUUCAGUAAGGCUGUCUACAACAAAUGGCAUGAGACCGAGCUCGAGAGAUGGCUUUCCGAUAACAAUGUUCCAUACCCAAGUCCUGCCGAUCGUAAAGAUUUGGAAAACUUGGUAAAGGAGAACUGGCAGUCAAAAGUUGCAUCGCCAUAUAACGAUUGGGACACAAAACAACUCAACUCUUAUUUGAAACAGAAGGGUGUUGAGACUAAGGAGACCGCUGAGGCAAAUAAGGAUGGCUUAAUCUCUCAAGUCAAGACUUACUGGUACGAGGCGGAAGACAAAGCAGAAGAUGCUUGGUCAAAUGUUAGAGAUUGGGUUUUUGAUAGCUGGACUGAUUCUCAACUCAUGGCAUUUGCUGAUUACCAUCACAUUCCCGUUCCACACCCAAGAAAGAGGGAUUCUCUUCUUCAAAAGGUUCGCUCCAGCUAUGACUCUAUUGCAAAGAAGGCCGGCGAGACUGCUGCCUACCCUGGGAACUGGCUCUAUGGAACCUGGUCUGAGUCCGAUCUCAAGGAAUUCCUCGAUACCCAUGGUAUCCCGGCCCCUCAACCAUCCACUCGUGACAAGUUGAUUGCUAGUGUACGCCGUAAUGCUCGCGUUGCCAGCCUUAAAACUGCGGAUCUUCAAGCUUCUGCCUCCGCGUCAGCUGCUGCUGCCACAGAGACAUUGAGUGAGCAGCUUCUCAGUGCCUGGUCUGAUUCUCAAAUCAAGGAAUGGGCCGACAAGAACGGUAUCAAAGUUCCUCAAGGAAGCAAGAGAAAUGAAUUGUUGGCUAUCGCUCGUAAGCACAAGGCUCAACUUGUAGGAGACACUGCUGCAGCCUCUGCUAAGAGCUUUGCAAGCAAGGCAAGCUCUUCUGGAGCAUCCGCUUUCGGUGCUGCCACUAGUUCUGCCGGAAACCAAUAUGCCAAGGCUACUGAUGAUGCUCAAUUAAAGGCUGAAGAUGCUUUCAAUGCUGCUAUUGGAUCAUGGAGCGAAUCCCGCCUCAAGGCUUAUCUUGAUGCCAGAGGUGUCCCCGUCCCAUCAUCUGGAAAGAAGGACGAUAUCAUUGCUGCCGUCCGUUUACACAAGCACAAGGCUGCUACAGGAUGGUCCGCUUGGACAUUUGAUACCUGGACUUUAGACAACUUGAAGGCUUAUCUAGCUUCAUCUGGUGAUGCUGCUGCUAAGAAAGCAGCGGAGAAGUCUGGAGCUACCCGUGAUGAACUCGUCCGCGCUGCACAAGAUUCUUAUGCUCAGGCAUCAAAAUCUAGUGGUGUUGCAUAUGCUAGUGUCACAUCUUAUCUCACUCAACAGACUGAUGCUGCUAAGGAUGCUACAUUUGAGACUUGGUCUGAUUCCGACUUGAAGGCUUAUCUUGACAGCUAUGGUGUCCCUGUCCCACAAGGAAGCACCAAGAACGAACUUGUUGCUUACGUUCGUAACCAAGCCAAUUACUUCAAAUAUGGCACCACUACACCACAAGGUACUCUUUGGGCUAAACUCUCCAACGGUGCACAAUGGCUUAUAAACCAACUCUCCAUCGGUGCUGCCUCUGGUAAACAGCAAGCUGCUUACCAAGGCGAGAAGGCUGCCGAUGCUGUCAAGGAGGGAGCUACCUAUGCUACCAAUCGUGCCGGUGAAGCAGCACAAAAAGCUGGACAUGCUAUUAAGGAGGAGUUGUAAACCUAUCAAUGGGUUAUUAUGACUCAACUUGCAGCGCAGAAGGCUGUAAAUUGUAUCACCACAUCAUCAGGCGUCUAAUAUCUCGAAUCGAAAGCGAAUUAACGGAUCUCUUUAAGUUGGUGGGCGUGAAUCUUCUUAUGGAUUAGGAUAGGGGGGUUGGAUGGUUACAUGAUCAAUGAGGGCAAUGAAAAAAAUUAAUUUUCUAUUUUUUAGUCGUAGGAUGAAUGGAUCGAUAAUAUUGAUGAUUGUAUAUUUUUGAUUCAUGAAUGAUCUCUCAAUUGUGAAUGGCA